AUGAUGAAAAAGAAAUUAUAUAAUAAAAGCUUGAAUUUAAAGGACAAGUAAUCAUAAGAGCAAUUAAUAAAUAAGUUUUUAAAGGAAGGUUAAUAUAAACAAAUUUCAUUUAGGGAUAUAGAAAAGCCAGCACCCUUUUUAGAAGAUAGUAUCUUAAAUUAUAAAAGCACAAAAUUUAGGGCUGGUGACUCUAAUCAUUUUUAAGCAAAGAAUGAAAAAUUCAAAUUUUUUUAAGGAGACUAAUCAAUUUUUUCAAAAGAAUUUUAAGAUAGUAAUUCGAAAUUUUAUCAUGAACAGUCUUCGAUUUUUACAUCCAAAGAGUUACUUAAUUCGGCUCAAAACUUAACUUCUCAAGAAGAUGAAUACUUUUAAAAUAAUCCAAAGUACUAAAAUAUCAAACAAAUAGAUAAAUAGCUAGAAGAGCUAAGCAUUCAUUUAAAAAAUCCUGAGAGAAAUAUUCUAAUAAACAUUCUAGAAAAUGUCUACUAAGAUGCGAAGGAAGUGAAAGAUAACUAUACUUUACUAUUAAAAAUUUUAGAAUUAAAGGGUAAAAUAUUGAGAGACAUUGGAGAUUAUUAAAAAAGUGUAAAUAUCUUUAAGUAAGCGAGACUCUAUUGUAAUAUAAGCAAAAACUAUGAAAAAAAGCUUUACUUUUAUAAAACUAUUGUAGAAAUGUACAUGUCAAUGAGAGAAUAUGAUAAUGCAAUUAUUUAUGCUAAAAAAAUGCUAAGAUUGUCUUGGAUAGUUAAUAAUGUAGACUAUGAGAUUAUAUCAUAUGAUAAAUUAGGUAUGAUUAAAUACUACCAAGGAGACUUAUCAUUGGCUGAUUACUUCCACGAAAAGGCUUUUUCAAAUAACAGAGAACCAAAAAAUUCACAGAUAAGGAAAGUCGGAGAAAAUAUUUAGAGAAAAAAUAAAAAAACUUACAAUCCCUAUGUAAUUAAUCAUUUUGAAACAGAUAGUGAGGACGAUUUUGAUUUAGGGUUGUUUUAAAAUAUAUUUUUGAGCAGAAGAUCAUCUUAAAUGCUGAGUCUUCAAGAAUCUUCUAGCUUACCAUCUUUAAAAUAAAAAAUUCCUGUGCCUAGGAUAGUUAAUGAGCACAUUAGAUAAUAGUAUUUUUUGGGUAGAGUAGAUAUUCCUAUUGAAAAAAAGAAGGAUUAUAUAAAUGAACAAGAUAAUAAAUACAUUUAUAACUAGCUAAGUCUAAACAGAAAUCUAAAAAAUUUUAUGAUUCAGUAAUAUAUAAAUCAUGGAUACUGGUCUGGCUCUUAAGAUUAGCUUUCCAAAAUAAAAUUCUAUCAUCUUCAUAGAAACUAAAAGAGUAUUUAAAAUUUAAUAAUAAAAAUAAGAAAGUACCUUUAUAGUCUGAAAAACAUUUAUAAGUUUGAAAAUAUCUUAGAAUAAUAACAUGAAAAUAAUAUUAUUUAAAAUCCUAGUAGCAAUAAUAAUAGAUCAUCAAUUAUUGUUAAUGAAGAUUACUAUGGUAGAUAACACAAUUAGGUUCAACAACUGCAUACUUUAUAAAAUUCUUAGCAAAUAUUAGGAUCAAGCAUUUUGAAAGAAAGUUCAGCUACCAAACAAUAAACAAACUCUCAAGUUCUAAGUCUACCAAGAAUCAAUAAUACUUCUCUCACAAAUCUGAUAGCUUCAAAGACACCUACAAAAAAUAGAUUGAGCACAAUAAACUGA